CUCACUGCGGUUGGCGGGAGGAGCGGCGGAGGCGGCGGCGAUGCCUCGGGAAAUUAUAACGCUGCAGCUGGGCCAGUGCGGCAACCAGAUUGGUUUCGAAUUCUGGAAGCAGCUUUGUGCAGAGCAUGGCAUCAGCCCGGAAGGUAUCGUGGAAGAGUUUGCCACUGAGGGGACGGACAGGAAAGACGUUUUCUUCUACCAGGCAGAUGACGAGCAUUACAUCCCCAGAGCUGUGCUGUUGGACCUGGAGCCUCGCGUGAUCCAUUCCAUCCUGAAUUCUCCUUACGCCAAUCUGUACAAUCCGGAGAACAUCUACCUGUCUGAGCACGGCGGGGGUGCAGGUAAUAACUGGGCCAGCGGCUACUCACAGGGUGAGAAGAUCCACGAGGAUAUUUUUGAUAUUAUCGACCGAGAGGCUGAUGGCAGCGACAGUUUGGAGGGCUUUGUGCUGUGUCACUCGAUCGCUGGUGGAACAGGUUCUGGUUUGGGUUCCUACCUCCUUGAGAAGUUAAAUGACCGGUACCCAAAGAAGCUGGUUCAGACCUACUCCGUCUUCCCCAACCAGGAUGAGAUGAGCGACGUGGUGGUGCAGCCGUACAACUCCCUGCUGACACUGAAGAGACUGACUCAAAAUGCAGACUGUGUGGUUGUUCUUGACAACACAGCACUCAAUCGGAUUGCCACAGACAGGCUUCACAUCCAAAACCCGUCCUUUUCCCAGAUCAAUCAGCUGGUAUCCACCAUCAUGUCUGCAAGUACCACCACUCUGAGGUAUCCCGGGUACAUGAACAACGAUCUGAUCGGCCUCAUCGCCUCCCUCAUUCCCACUCCGAGACUACACUUCCUUAUGACUGGCUACACUCCGCUUACCACGGAUCAGUCGGUGGCAAGUGUACGCAAAACAACAGUCCUGGAUGUCAUGCGAAGACUGCUGCAACCGAAGAACGUGAUGGUGUCGACCGGCAGAGACAGACAAACGAACCACUGUUACAUCGCCAUCCUCAACAUUAUCCAGGGGGAGGUGGACCCCACUCAGGUCCACAAGAGUCUGCAGAGAAUACGAGAAAGGAAACUGGCCAACUUCAUCCCGUGGGGGCCGGCCAGCAUUCAGGUGGCGUUGUCACGCAAGUCCCCGUACCUGCCUUCGGCGCACCGCGUCAGUGGGCUUAUGAUGGCCAAUCACACCAGCAUCUCGUCGUUGUUUGAGAGAACCAGCAGGCAGUACGACAAGCUCCGAAAGAGAGAGGCAUUCCUGGAGCAGUUUCGGAAAGAGGACAUGUUCAAGGAGAACUUUGCCGAGCUGGACGACUCCCGGGAGAUUGUCCAGCAGCUGAUUGAUGAAUACCAUGCAGCUACCCGCCCCGACUACAUCUCCUGGGGUACGCAGGAGCACUGA